UGGAAAAAUACGCGUACCUGGCGCGCUUUGUUUUCUGUGUUGUUUUGAAACGUCUACGCGAGGAGGCUUUUCGAGUUAUAAGAAGGAAUUCUUGCGUGCAUUCUUGUGGUUUAUUUUUGUUUUAUGUGUGAGAUGAUGGCGAUCUAAUGACAGUAACAGCAUGCAACGUCGUCCGCUAAUCCAAGCCUCACUCCACGACGCACAGCAGCAGCAGCAGCAGCAGCGGCAGCCUUACACCGGCAGUCCAGACAUGGACAUAGACACGGACGCGAACGCAGCACAGCUGUCCAAGGCGCAGGCAGAGUUGCUGCAGGGUCUGUUUUCGAAAAAGUACGGGCUGCGGGUGUCGAUCGAGUACUGGAUCAAGCCGGUAUACCUAGCGACUAUGCACAGCAGCGCGUUUCAGCGGCAACGGGCGGCGUCUGUGGAGGCGAUUUUUGCGAAAUUGGAGAGCGCGUUUUUGAAUGAGGAUCUGAGGAGGUGUAUACCGCCUCUGCCUGAUACGCAGCAGGGGGAGUCGAAAGCGACGGUAGUGCACUAUCUUAUCGACCGCGCACCCGCUGACGCAGAGGCCGAUCUACGCGACUGCGUGCGGCAAUCGAAUUUCCUACCAGACAUGCGCCCGACCUCUGUCCCGACGGCGAUUUCGGUGCCGGUGCCGACUACGUUUCAGAUCAUUGACGUGGUGGAGAUAGGGAUGAGCAAGUAUGAGCAGCUGAGACGGCUCGAAGACGGCAUGACUGACGGCGGACGACGGAUUAUUCGCGAUCUGCCGAGCGGAGACGGCGAUGACGAGUCCGCGCAGAUGCAGCAGCAGCAGCAGCAGCAGGCUGUCGAGGCGGACACAGCAAACUUUUCAUCGUCGUCGGCGGUGCAGUUCCAUAUGUUUGAAAACAACGGCAAGCGCAAACCACUGAUUGGCAAAGCGCACUGCAAGGCCCUCCUGCAGGACGCGCUCGGCCGCGUGUACUGGGCGAUCGAGCAGAAACCGAUUCCCGCGAUCCAGGUCGGUCUCAAGCUCGGCUGUAAGAUCACAGUGACGGCGAGCACGACCUGUCUCCGCGGCGUGAUCUUGCUCAAGCCGGGCGGGACGGUGGUGCAUGGCGGGGUGGUGGAGGAGUGGAACGUGCGGUUUCGAGAGCGGCUGAUGAUGAGGUUGCAGGGCGAGCUUGGGCUGGUUGAUGAGCAGCUGUGGCAGCAGAGAGAAGAGACACAGCAGGCGCGGCCGCAUGUGCGGACACACUCGGCGCCGACUAUUGGCGACAGGAACAAGUUGGAGUCGAUCCCUGACGUACAGGAUUCGUACUUUCUGGACGACGAGAUCGAUGAAUACGAGCGCGAGCAGUACGAGGAGUAUGACGUCGAGGACUUCAAUGAGGCGGAUUUGGUGGAUAUCCUCUAGUCUAUACAGCAUAACAUACAGGAUAAUACAUAGAAACAAAAUA